AUGGACAGGUCCUCGUCACUCCGAGACUUCACCAGGAGCCUCAGUUCUGCUGGGAAAGCCUCGAAAUGGACGAGCUGCCUGGCGUCCUUGGAGACGGCCCUUCAGACGGCGCUCCGCCUGGAUGCCUUCGCACUCAGCGCCGCCAUGAACGCCUGCGACCGUGGUGGACCGUGGCGGUGGGGGUUGGAGCUGCAGAGGGCUUUGGAAGAGCGGCACUUAGAGGUGGACACUGCCUGUGUAGCUACUGCUAUCAGCAGCGUGGCGCGGCGCCAUGCGUGGACUGGAGGUGUGCACUUAUUGGAAGAACUCAGGAUCAGCACCUUGCCGCUCUCCACGACAGCUUGUGCCAAUGCUUUACGGGCUUUUCCACAUUGGCAAUCAGCGCUUCAACUGGUCUUCAAUGCCUUGGCUCAGCGCCUGUGGCCUGAGCCCUUCCUGGGCAACCUGUUGCUGACCCAGAUGCCCAAGGAAGCAAGCUGUUUGGUGCAGAUGCGUGUGUUACAGAUCCAGUUGGAUGUGGUCUCCUACAACACCAUGCUGAGCAGCUGCGCAAGCUGGAAAGAUGCUCUCCAAACGUUCCAGCUGAUGAGCACGCACAUACAGGCUCCGAACAGCAUCUCCCAGACCUGCCUCAUCGCGGCCUGCGCCACUGCCUGGCGCUCCGCGCUCGCGGCGCUCGCGACGACGGUGUCGUCCUCGCUGUCCGCGCACUCGGCGGCGGCGGUGGCCGCGCGGCGCUCCGGAAGGUGGAUGGUGUCGUUGUCGCUCCUCACAGAGCUGAAGGGACGACAUAUUGAAGGAGACACAGCUGCUUUCAACGAGGAGGUGAAUGCCCAGAGCGCUUCGUGGUCCACGGCUCUGUCGCGCUUUCAUGCAACGGGCGCACGAGACUGGGGACUCCCUGCAAGGGAUUCAGUCACUGUGACGGUGCUGCUCUCCGCCCUCCUGAAGACCUUGCAAUGGCCCAUCGCUAUGGUGCUGUUGGAGGAGUCCGCGGCGACGGGGUUGGCCCAGGAUUCGGUGGACGACUUUGCGUUUCUGAAAGCUGCAGUGGCUGCGGGCGAGGAUCAUGUGGUCAAGAAGCUGUUGGUCAGGAUCCCUGGCUCUGUGACCAGCUGGGUGUCCGAGGCCACAAGCAUCUCAUCGGCCUGGUCAUUCUUCCAAGCUGCCAACACCGCCGCGGCUGGAAGUUUGCUGCUCUCUCGCUGGCCUAGAUGGCCCCUGGCCUCCGCGGUGCUUCAUGAGCUGCGUGGCCAGGGUGCGGAAGUGGAUGCCGUCCUGGCCGCUGACCUCGUGCGAUGCAGCCACUCCUCUUCGCAGUGGCCAGGAGCUUUGGAGCUUCUGAAGGGGAUGAGCUCCGCUGAGCUCAGGCUGGAUGUGAAGAGCAGCAACAGCAUUGCUGCUUCGGGAACCCGGAGGAAGUGGCCCUUCGCAAAGAACUGCAAUAAGGAAGAGGAUGCUUCCCGGCUGGAUGGGCUGCGCAUCAAGAGGGCAUCCUCCAGCCCGCGUGGUUCGACCAGUCCCGGAUUGGGGUCACGACAUUGGCCAGUUGGCAGCCUGUGCGCAAGGUGCCGACGGAAGUGGCGUGACCCGCACUUCACGAACAGGGCCUGGCGCAUAUUUCUGUCGCCAUGGCUCGCCAUUCUCACGGUCCAGCGAAGGCGUUGUCAUGAAGAUCCACCUUUUGCCCAAGAAGGCCAGCAGGUCUGUCAGCGAACCGUUGGCAGUGGUCUGGGCAUUUGCUGA